AACAUGUAAUCUAAGUUUUCAAAUAAGUACCAGUGACUAUUUCUUCGCUGGUUAAUUGAAUCAAUUAUGGUGUUUUGGGAAGGUUAUGUGAGUGACGAAGCAAUGGGCACAUUUGCCCCAAUUGUGGUCUACUGGUUGUAUGCUGGACUUUAUCAGAUUUUGCCACCGUUGGAUAAAUACCGGUUGCACACAAGAAAAGAGGAGAAAGAGAAGAACUUGGUACCAUUGCCAAAGGUGGUCAAGGGUGUUUUGCUGCAACAGUUAGUUCAGGCGAUAGUCGCCCAUGGGCUCUUUUUGUUGACCUCAACGAUGGAUCCAUCUGGGGUCAUAGUCCAGCCCUCCAUUCCUAUCCAAAUCAUGCAGAUUAUUAUUGCUAUGUUCGUGAUGGACACAUGGCAAUAUUUUGUGCACAGGUAUAUGCAUCAGAACAAAUUCUUAUACCGCCACAUCCAUUCACAACAUCAUAGGCUAGUUGUCCCAUAUGCAAUUGGGGCACUUUAUAAUCACCCACUGGAGGGUCUAUUGCUUGACACAGUAGGUGGUGCCAUUUCCUUUCUAAUAUCAGGAAUGACUGCACGAACCGGAGUAAUUUUCUUCUGUUUUGCUAUCAUUAAAACUGUAGAUGAUCACUGUGGACUUUGGUUGCCUGGCAAUAUAUUUCACAUUGUUUUCCAGAAUAACACUGCUUACCACGACAUCCAUCAUCAACUUCAAGGCACAAAGUACAAUUAUUCUCAGCCAUUCUUCUCAAUAUGGGAUAAAAUUCUGGGAACCCACAUGCCUUAUGAUCUAGUUAAGCGAGCCGAAGGUGGUUUUGAGGCAAGGUUGGUGAAAAAAGACUAGUUCAAAUUUGAUUAUUUUCUGUCAUUUUGAAAUUAUCACUUAACAGAGAAAUAUUCUUUUCGGUUGAGACUAAAAUUGUUGGAAAGUUGAAUUAGAAUUGGUUGUUAAUGCAUUUAUGUUCGUAGGCUUUCUAGCAUAAGAGUGGUUUUGGGUGUUCAACCAUCUAUUCUAGUUAAUUGGCUGUUAUUCAUGUAGUUGGUAAUGGUAAUUUUACCAGCCUACCUGAUGAAUUGUAACUGUUGCGUUCUGUAUGUAGCAUAUUUAUUUGUUCUAACUUGACUUAGUUGCGUUGCAAGCCUGAUUCAGUA